ACGGGUGAUGAUUAUUUUGCGGUCUUUCGCAUUUUCACUCCGUAUCAUUUCAAAAUAGUUUCCUCAGAAGUAAUCACAUGACUCACUUGAAAGUAAUCAAAAUAGAUAAACAUGAGAUGACAUGAACAAGGCGACAUUGUCACUGUGCGCGUGUUACAAUACGGAAGAUAGUGUGUAGUUUGUUAGCGUGUGCACUGUAUGCGAAAGGUUUACGGAAAAUAACAUGUGGGCAUUGAUUUGUACAUUAUGUAUGUGGACGAUGGCUGGUCAAACGGCAGCGACAUACACGCGUCUGGUUGGGGGUCCAUCAUCCUAUGAGGGCCGAGUAGAGGUGUAUUUCAACGGGAUCUGGGGUACCGUUUGCGAUGACGGUUUUGACAGCAGGAGCGCAGCUGUCGUCUGCAACAUGCUCAAUCUUCCGAGUUCCGGAGCCCAACAUAGGGAUGGUGCCUAUUACGGUCAGGGUACUGGCACCAUAUGGUUGGACGAUGUUCGGUGCCUUGGAAAUGAGAACGAUAUAGACCGGUGUCCACACAGUGCUUGGGGAACCCACAACUGUCGUCACGGCGAAGAUGUGGGCGUCGUUUGCGCUCAUGCUGCGACACCCGUGCGUCUGGUCGGGGGUCCAGCAGCCAAUGAAGGCCGAGUUGAAGUGUUUUACCAGGGGGUUUGGGGAAGCGUGUGCGAUGACCUUUUUGACACGAAGAGCGCAGCUGUCGUCUGCAACAUGCUCAACAUGACCAGUUACAGAGCCCAGCCAAAACCAGGUGCAUACUACGGCCCCGGCACCACCACGAUCUGGUUGGACGAUGUCCGGUGCAAUGGCAAUGAGACCAAUAUCGACAUGUGUCAACACAACGCGUGGGGAACCAACAACUGUAAUCAUUCUAAAGAUGUGGGCGUCUUGUGCGAUCAAGGUUGUGGAGCAUGGAAUAGUGAUUCUAGUUCGGUAAACUAUCAAACUAUAAAAUACAAAAACGGGACCACGUUCGGCGCAGAGGCUGUUAUGACGUGCUACUCGGGUUACCAUGUCAUCAACAAAACUAACACACGUUCUGAAUCAGCGAUAUGUACACGGAAUGGUACAUGGAGUACACCUACAUAUUCAGCGUGUGUUCAUACAGAUUGUGGCGGUUGGUACAGUGAUUCUAAUUCGGACUACCAUCAUCAAAUAAAAUACAAAAAUGCGACAACGUUCGGUUCUGAGGCUGUUAUGACGUGCAAUCCGGGGCACCAUGUUGUCAACAAAACCAACACACGAUCUGAAUCAGCUUAUUGUACAGAAAAUGGCACAUUGAGUGCACCUACCUAUUCAGCGUGUGUUCCAAUAGGUAAAUACUGAUUAUGAAGUAUAACAAAUAUCAACCGUAAUUAUUGCAAUCUGCUAUUUUCAAAUCUCAUGAAUACAAUUAUUUUACAUUAUAUCACAAAUAUAAAGAAGAAGUUUAAUUUAGUUGUGAUAAUGCGAAAUCAUGUGAAAACAAAACAAACUAAAGAGGAUAAUUAUUUGUAAUUAUUCUUUAAAACAAACAUUAUCAAAUUAAUAGAAAAUUAAGAAGUUACUGUUAAUACGCUGAUAACAAUGAAUGUGUGCCGAUUAAAGAGGGUCUUCUUGUUUACAUAUUUCGAUAAAUGGUUUAUAAUGUGCAAGUUACUAACUUUGUGUUGUAUUCCGUAAUAUGUGUGUGGUGUAUUGAACAUACGACGUACAUAAAGUAUAAAUUAUCAUUUUGUCCACAACCGUGUUUUUUCCUACCACAAUCCAAAGAAAUUUGUCAGCGUGUUUAACAGGUCGAAUUUCACAUCGACGAUUCGGUUAUUAACCAUUUGGUAAAACAAAACAUUUGAGUAAAGCCACAUAACACGUGGCAACAAGCAAGAGUGCAAUUCUUAAAUAUUAUAAUUUCAUUCGAGCAACAUCUGGUUAUCAUCCAAUGGUAUUUUCCAC